GCUUUUUUUGCCGUUUGUGAUUUAUUUUGGGAUUUCGCUUUACGUUUUGCCGAUCAUUGGUCAACUCUCACUGAGUCACUAGUAAAAUGUCCAACUCAUGUUACUCAGCUACUAAUGGCCAGAAACGAAAGCGAGCCCGUUCGGAAACACCGUCUGAAAGAGGAUCCUCGAUGGCUUUUGUGGAUAGGGUGUCUGCAAUGGAAGACCAGUUUGUCAGCAUGCUGAAGAACUGCCAGAAGCAGAUUGCGGAAUCGGGGAAAAGUCAAGGCGUGCUCGUCACCUGUUGCGCCAUGUAUACUUUCCAGAAGGAUAUCAAAGAUAUUCAAAGCCUGGUGAUGAACGACUACGGGAGUGGCAAAUUGGAGCAGGUGCGGAUGGUGGUCACGGGAGAGGAGAUCAUGCCUGCCUGGAUGGAGAGUGGCGUGGCUCUGCAAGCGUACUUUGAGCGGAAAGUGGGUACUAACCGUCGCCAUUCAUCGGGUGAUGCUCGUAAGCGUGGCUUCGAAGUUCCGUGGCGCGCCAGCGUGCAGCUGCAGAGCAUCCCACCGGGUUGUUUCGUCGAGUCUGUCCAGUUGUCCUUCAUCAAUCCGGCCUCUGACGGCAGUCCCACCGUCAAGAUGGACCUCUCGGCCGAAGGUGCCAGUAAUCUGUACCUGAUUAACGACAAACUGAUGAACAUCCGCGGUCAGACAUACUCCGAGUGCUGUCGCGAACUGGGUAUCUUUCGCCAGGGAUUUUGUUACAUCACCCUGCGAGUGCCGCUACGGCUGCUCAUCCGCGACCAGCUGAAGCAGUUGCGGGCGGAUUUACCGCAUAAUGCAGUGGCCGAGGACGAGCACGAUUAUUCUGCAGUGAGCGGCAACGACAACGUUACCUUGAAGUUUGGGCGCUCCAGUAUGAAAGUGGGUCGCCAGGUCUUGUUGAAUAUUUCCACCGAGACCCACGCCAUCUUCGGUGCGAAGACGGCGGGUCAGGUGAGCGUGUAUGAAAUGAGUGUCAGCAAAGAAGUGGCUACGGCUCUGUUAGGCGCAGUGAAUUCCGCCGCCGACUAUUUGCCACUGAAUCCCGAACGAACCACUCUUUCCUUUCUGUACGAGCUGGUGGCGUUGUCCAGCGACUGGGACAUCCCGUCCGUGAAACUGUGGACACAACUAGUGAUGCUGGAGCGUCUCUGUGCUCCGGGCGUUAAUUUGCAGCAGAUCCCGGUUGACAAGCUGAUAAAGUUGAUUCGACACGAAUUUGAUUGGAAUGGAGGUGUGAAAAUGGUGUUACUGGGCUUCACGUUUGCAUUGCGGGAUAUGUGUCUAGUGGAUAUUCUGCCGGCGACAAUGAAUGGGCGUGUUGUGGCGGAAUUGGAUCGGAUUUCUGAAGAUCCAACGCUUAAGGACGUGUUUCAACCGGCGGAGAUGCAGCCAAGCGUUGCGACCAGUGCGGAUGCCGUUAAGGGAGAGUGCAAGACGCUGACCGUUCGUUUCCAGGAUGGUAACAGUAUGCGCGUGAGAGUCUCGGAGUCGGCUAACAUUCAACGGAUUAAGGCCGCAGUUGGCAAUUUCCUCGGGAUCCCCAUUUACCAGCAGCGAAUGAUCUUUAAGGAUAGGCGAUUGGAUGACUUGAUUCGGGUUUCGGAAUGCGGCUUCGAGGAUGGAGACGAGAUAGAGAUGUACACUGAGCAGUAUGGUUGUUAAUAAUUUAUAAAACCAUUCCCUCUCGUUAGUGCAACAUGACAAAGAUGAUAGGUUUCUCAGUUUAUAACAGUUAGUUCUGGUGGCACUUGGAUGUGGUUUUACGGAUAAAUAAUGAACUAUGCCAUGCGUGCAUGUUGCACAUCUUGGAAAGUGUUGUGUAAAUAAUCUGUUUGCAGCAUUUUAACUAAGUAUGAUG